AAAAUUUGCUCAGCCGUCAUGACGUAACGCGAUCCACUCCAGAAUAGCGCGCGGCGAAGGAGCAGCCACACUGAACCGUUUAGCCUCUCUCUCUGGUUCAUCUCGCCAAUGUUGGUUUGUUUAUGUGAGAUUUGUUCGGUCCGGAGCAAGCCUGGCAGGGGGGAUUCGCGGCAGGAUGUCGGUGCUAAAAGAGAACCAGUGUUACGAACUGUCCAGCGGUAAACUGAACCGUGGCGGUAACAUCUCGGUUUUUCACGUCAAACUCACUGACAGCGCGGCAAGAGCCAUUCGCUCCUUUCAAAACGUCAAGGGUUUGUCUUCCUGUCCCACCAUCUGUUUUAAUGGCAACAAAGGGAGAAUCACCAUUCCUUGCUCAGAGAAUAGAGAUGAAUUGAGGACAUUCACCUUUGGCGUGACCAACAUCGCCUGUGAUAAUCCAAAUGGAAGCUUCGACUGUGUCCAACAGCUCAGCACCGGUGGUUUUUACACAUCUAUUACCGGGAGUUAUGUUCAUCCUAGUCACUUUCAAACAAAAAAAAACACAAAAACUACCGCACAAGUUAACUUACCUUUUUUGAUGAUGAUUACCUCAGCCAUGCUCAAGCAUAUGUUUGAUUUAUAUGGCAAGUGCUGCUUUUUAUGUAAGAUUUCCCCCCCACUUGCAGGCAAAAAGGUAACAGUGCGAGCCCCGGCCCCUGCGCUGGCCAGCCUGACCAAGCCCCGACGAUCUUCCCAGUCUCUCCUCAGCAACGUUAAGAGGCGUGUCCAACUUGGCGUGUCCAAGCCAAAGAAGGGUGCCUGUGCUUUAAACAGGAAGAGUGCCGUGGGCGACAUGCAGGCGAGGCCGCUCAGAGAGAGAGUAACACAUCUGCUGGCUCUGAGGCCAUACAAGAGGCCUGAGCUCAUCCUGAGGCUGCAGAAAGAUGGACUGACAGCAGGAGACAAAGACAUGCUGGACUCUGUAUUGGUGGAGGUUGGCCAGCUCAAUAGUCGAGACAACACAUUUGUUCUGAAGGACGGCCUUUAUAAGGAGCUGCACAAGGACUGGCCGGGCUACACCUCAGGAGACCAGCAGCUUCUGAAACGAAUCCUUGUCAGGAGACUGUUUCAACCCCAACAGAACCUCACCGUUCCUGAGGGCCAGGUAAGUCCACUGCGAGACACCCCCAACUCUUCCCCAGCGCAACGUCCAAAGCCGUCCCUGCCAGAGGAAUACACUGACCCUUUGGCCAGCAAGAAGCCCAGGAUAUCCCGCUUGUCUGGCAAAGCAGCCAGUGACGUGUCAAGAGUGAGGCCGUCUGAGCAAGCGGUUGAUAAAGACGCCACAGAAGCAACACGGAAUGACGAGCAAAGAAACUCGCUUGAUCCUCGAAAGCUUUUUGGAUCCUUGUCAACAGUCUGUCAGCAGGAAGCAGAAGUGGCCAAGAGGCUACAACAAACUCCCUGUCCUCAGGAGGGACAUGAAGUCCCAGCAGAUCCCCCGCAACCUGACUCUGAUCGCACCCCGUCCCCUCUCACAGUGCCCGAUCUGAGCAGACACACAAUCAAAAGGAAGAAUAGCAAACACAAGCACAGAGAUCAGGAGAAGGAUAGGUGGAGAGGCAGGAAGGAACGCAGAAAAGAUUCAGAGGAUCCAAACAGUGAAGUCUCGGUGGACUGCAUAGAUCCAAGUGAAAUUGUGUUUGACUCCAAUGUGCUUCAAGCGGACCAUGACACAACCGACUAUCUACUGAAGUACACAGCGAUUUGUAGUCAGGACCAGAGACAGAAGUACAAGCAGGACUUUAACACGGAGUACAGCGAGUACAGAGAUUUACAUGCUCGUAUUGACGGAGUGACGCGGCAGUUCAUGGAGCUCGACACGCAGCUCAAACAGCUACAUCACGAAUCUCAUAAAUACAAGACGGUUCGUAAUCAGAUUCUUCAAGAAUAUCGCAAAAUUAAAAAGUCUAACCCUAACUACAACCAGGACAAGACUCACUGUGAAUAUCUACACAACAAACUGGCCCACAUCAAGAAGCUUAUAUCAGCGUACGACCAACAACAGCUUUGACUGUGAGACAAGUGAACUUGAUGACAUGAUUAAUCACCCAGAGGCACGGGUGACGGGAGGUUCACGCUGCUGGAUGCCAUCGAGCUGGAAAUCUAUGGUGUUCAUGGCUAGUCGACGUCUCACACGACGUGAUGGAAAUGGGACCGAGGUUGGGAGUCAUUUGUGAAGAGCAGUCGUGGUACGCUGUGAAAAGCAGGCCUAUGAUAUGAGAUCAUUUUUUACAAGAUGGAAAAUCUUCUUUGAAAAUCUGUCUCUCCAUUUCAGACAAGUGACUAGGAGAGGGAUACGUAGGUCAAAAGCUGCAAACACACACUCACAUACUGACCUUCAUCAGGCUGAUGAUAGAUGUCCAACACCGAAAUGUCGCGAAUACAUUUGUUUUUGCAGGAUAGACAGUAUUCUGGAGUCUGUUUGCCACUUUGGACCCACUCAUAAUCCCUCUUCUACAAACCUGUCUCAUGAAAUAGAUGUGCAAUGUCUUCCUCUGUUCUAUAUCUCCUUUGGAAAAAAUGGUUUAACCAAUUGGUUGUUACAACAAUGACAUGAUACUGCCAAGGACACAUGGAGUAACUAUAGUUUUUACUGAGGCUUCUUACUUGAAGCCAAAAGUAAGCUCUUACUCU